AUGUUGCGAAAGCUGACCCUUCUUGUUAUUUUGGCCUACGCGGUCAAAUCAGAGCUCCUUUCAACAUUCUGUCUUCCUAAUGAGUAUCGACCAGGAUGUCCCGUAGAGGAGAUUCGAACACCAUGUCCCUUUAAGGACGAUACGAUACUAAGGACGGUUCUCAACAAAACCAAAAUCAGGAGACCAGAUUGUGAGCGAAGCGAGGAGUUUCGCAAAUGGCUGGCUAAAAAUCCGGAACAGGAAUUUCAUCGAUCUGAUGACACUAUUGUGAGUAAUUUUUGAUUUAAAAAUUCAAUAUAAAUAUAUGAUUUUUAGCCAACCUUCUGCUGUUUCGAAGUCGCUUGUCUUGUCAAAUGUGAUAUCGAUAUUGACGACCUUGUCGACAAAAAAUUCGGUCCACUUUUCCCGCAAUAUCUAUCUUAUAUAUAUGAGCGUUUCCCUUUUUUCUUCCAAGUGAGUUGAAUUUUUUCCAGAGCUACAGUAGCUCAAAAGUUGUAAGAUUUUGAUCCUUAUUUUGAAUGAAUUUUCAAAUCAAAAUUGACAGAAAUUUGCAAAAUAUUGCGAAAGCUUCUGAAGCCUCCAGAAGCCUUUAGAAGCUUCCGGAGCCUCUGCAAACCAUCAGAAAUCUCCGAGCCUCCUUGUCAACCUUUCAAAAUUCUUCUGAAGCCUUCAAAGCCUUAAAAGCCCCUGAAAGCGUCCGGAAGUCAAGAAAAUUAUUGAUUUUUCAGUACGCCAAUGCAACUGAAGUCAAAGAAGUGGAAGAGGGAACAGCGUCUUCUCAAACAACACAAAAGUGGACCUUAUACUUGGGCCAUUUGGCUUAUGAUUGGGAUCGACAAAUGAGAAGAAAAGAGCGAUUUGCAAGAAGUAAAUGUUAA